AUGACAUGGCGUCUCAACGAUUCCCUCCUACACAACCCUGAGAUAAACUCUCACCUCCAAAACAUGAUCUCUGAUUACUUCGCCUUAAAUGACCAUCCCGACAUUUCUAGGUCCACCCUCUGGCUGGCACACAAGGCUGUCCUUCGAGGGCACCUCAUUAGCCUUGCCUCAAAAGCCAAAAAACAAACCCUCUCCCAAUACAAUAGACUCUCCAUUAAACUCCAUGCACUCGAGACCCUACACAAGGCGUCUUCCGACCCGACGGUCUUGUCCGAACUCCGCACCAUUAAGGCGGAACUUGAUCUUCUUCUCACUACACGGGUGGCCAAGCGUCUUAAGAACUCUCUCAACCAACUUGUUCAAGACCCCAUAGCCAUUAGAGCCGCUUUUCAAUCUUACUAUACUGAUUUAUACAACCUCCCGCCUCCCCCACCGGGUGACCCCUCCCAACCCCACGCUGACCUCAUUUCCCACUUUCUCUCUGCUUCCAAACUACCCAGACUACCCCAGGACGCAUUGGACUCCCUCAACAGGGAGAUCACGGUGGAGGAGAUCGCCCAGACUAUCCUCAUGCAAAAAACUGGCAAAUCCCCGGGCCCGGACGGGUUUACGGCUCUGUACUACAAAAAAUUCUCUGCCCUUCUCUCCCCACACCUGCAUUCUCUCUUUAAUGGGGUUGUCCAGGGCGACCUCUUUCCCCCUGAGAUGCUAGAGGCCAGAAUAGUGGUGAUUCCCAAAGAAGGCAAAGACCCCCUUAACUGCGCCAGCUACCGCCCCAUAUCCCUCCUGAACCUAGACCUUAAAAUUUUUGCCAAGAUCCUGGCCACCCGUCUUAACCCAUACCUCCCUUCCCUAGUUCACUACGAUCAAAGUCAGGCUGUUGCUCAGGAAUCUGACAUAAGCAGAGAUGUGGAAUCGGUGCCAGUCUCAUUCUGCAAUGAGAUCGAUAACACCAGACCAUCUCCUUUUGCAUACAGGAAGUCCCCUUGGCCACGUGGAUACUCCAUCAAUAAUUUCACAGACUUGUUUAUUGGAUGCUGUGACUGCACUGAUGGCUGCUUAGAUGUCUCCACAUGUGCAUGUUUGCAGCUGACAGCCAGAGCUUGUAAUACAAGUGUUACCUCACCAAAAAAUGGCAAAAUACCAGGUUAUACGUAUAAACGACUCCGAACACCUAUCCCUACUGGACUGUAUGAAUGUAACGUAUCUUGUAAAUGUGACCGAAAGAUGUGUCAAAACCGGGUUGUACAGCAUGGACUUCAGGUGCGACUCCAGGUGUACAAAACAAAAGAGAAAGGCUUUGGGGUGCGCUGCCUGGAUGAUCUAGACAAAGGAACAUUUGUGUGCAUCUAUGCAGGUCGGAUUUUCAUGAAAUCUUUCAAUGCAAACACUGAGCAGGAUUCUAAUGUAUGUGUGAUGCCAGCAGAUGGAAAUAAGACCAUUUCCAUCAAGUCUAAACGAAGGCGCGUUUCUCACUCCGAUUCUGAGAUUACUAUUAUACCCUCCAUUUCUACCAGCGACCAGAAGCUCAGGGUUUCUCCAUCAAAAUCAGGCUUUGUCGGACUACAAAUGAAAAGGAAAACAGUAUGCAUUGCCAAAGGUGGGAAUUUAGACUUUACAUCCAUUAAGAGACCUAAAACAAAGACCUCCAUGCUGCAGAAACGUAGACGGCAACUAAUGGAAGAGGGAGCAGUGACGUUACAGCACAGUUCAGAUGAUGAGCGUUCCACACCUCCUGGUACUCCUAAACAUUUGCACUUCAGUGACUCAGGGGAUAAACAGGACUAUGGCGAAAGUAAGAGAACGGUACACACAGCUGGGGACGGAGGCACAGUACAAACCGAUGAGGCUGGUUACGUGUCUGAUGAGAGCUGCUCAUCUGCCCAACUUGGUGUUUGCCCUCCGAAACAGGCUGUGUCUCUUGGUCCAAGUUUAGAUGAGUGUACUUGUAUCUUAGAUGCUUCAAAAGAAGGAAACGUUGCCCGAUUUUUUAAUCAUAGCUGUUCUCCAAACCUGUUUGUGCAGCAAGUAUUUGUAGAAACCCAUUGUAAAAGCUUCCCGUGGGUAGCAUUUUUCACCAAAAGCUUUCUAAAAGCCGGUACUGAGUUAACUUGGGAAUAUAACUACCAAAUUGGAAGUGCUCCUGAAAAUGAAAUUCCUUGCUUGUGUGGUAUGAAAGCCUGCAAAAGUAUAACUAUAUGACGGAGAUAUCUUGUAACAGAUGUUACAAAAUAUUGUCCUGUAAAUACUUUUUUUUUUUUCUCUUUGUUUUCAUUUUGUGAUAAACUUUCCUAUUUCACUUUUAGAUACCUAUAAGUGUGUAAUUUAUUCAUUUCUUUUUUGUGUCUUCUGUCAUUUUUUUGUGUGAACUAAAAAGAAAGCAAACAGUAUUUUAUAAAAAAUAUAUAUCAUGUUUGCAUCUCCAUCAUGAAUAUAAAUUGUCAUCAUUAAUCAUGCACAAAGCAUUACAGAUAAUCUAACAUGCAGUGUAAUUGUCCGUUUAUGCAAUGCUUUAUAUUAAAAAAGGACUUGAAUAAA